AUGCCUGCUACAAAAGCUCAUCAGUCUCCUAAGAGGAGUAAGGCGGAAAUUUGUCGUAAAGCUCAGUUAUCUAAAAUCAAGCAAGUACAUCCGUCUAAUUCAACUCGAUCAUCAUUGCCAUCAGCUGAAUUAUCAAAUAUUUCACAUUUGGUAGGUAUUGGUUGCGCCGGUAUUGCUAAAGUGUUUGGUGCGAUGAAUAUAGCUCCACCACCAAAGGAAGAUCAUUUUGAAGAAACUGAUAAAAGAAUCUUAUUACCAUGGAUCAACAAAUUUCAGAAUGAAUCAAUACAGGCUGCUAGUUAUGAAGCUGUUGACGAGAAAGAUGGUGACCCAACAAUGUUCACAGUUAUUGGAGAUGGAAUGUGGCAAAAAUGUGGUUUUAAAAGUAUUCAUGGAAUGGCUACUGUUUUACUAUGCGCUACAACACAAAAAGUGCUCGAUGCUGAACGUUUGUCAAAGAAAUGUUUAGUAUGCACUGGUGCAUUGAACUUUAAAAAUGAAAAUCCAGAUUUAUACGACGAAAUUAUUCAUAAUGAUGACUGUGAAUCAAAUUAUGAUGGUUCGUCUGGUAAAUUAGGAUUUCUCUAUUAGAAAACUAUGAAAAUAAAUCGAUGUCAAACUUUUUUCUAGCUGGCAUGGAAUUAAAAGGUAUUCAUGACUCAUUCAAGCGUUCCUUUCAGAAAUAUGAAGUGCAGUACACUCGGUCUGUACAAACAUAAAAACAGUAGAUAGAAUAUACAUUAUUGUUUUUUUAAUAUUACAACUAUGUUGGAGAUGGAUACUCGAAUGUCAUGUCGUAUCUCAUUCAAUAUCCUCCAUAUCCAGAUGUCACAAUAGAAAAGAUUGAAUAUAUCAAUCAUUCGUCAAAGAAAAUGUUAUAUUGAUUAGAAAAGUUGGCUCGUUACACUUGCAGGAAACAAUGCUAGACCCAGAGAAAAAACGAAAAGGCAUUCGUGAUGUUAAUCUUUUAAUCAAGGGUAAUGAAUAAAGAAAAACUAUUCGUAGUCUCUAAUUCUAUCAAGGAACGCCACCAAUCAAACUGUUUCUAUUCAAUCUGAAUUCAACCACCUACUUUUUUCUAUCUGCCUGC